AUGCUUACAUCCUCCCAGCCCAAAGCCAGUCUCUUGGCAGAGACCUCACGCCUCUCGCUUGCUGCGGUUUCUUCUAGUUGCAUAGAGCAGCGCCGGUUGAGCCAUGCAACAGCGGUCAGCCCUCCUCUCAGAAGGAGAAUCCCCCCUGGCUCAUGGGAUAGCCACAUGCACGUCGUGGAACCCUCACGGUUUCCCGUUUCCCCGACAGCAGUAUAUAAACCCUCUCCGCAUACGUUGACCGAGGCUCUCGCUUUCGAGUCAGCACUGGGACUCGACAAUGUUGUCUUUGUGCAACCAUCAGUCUAUGGGCCCGACAAUUCAUGUCUCAUAGACGCACUAAAGAAAGUCGGGCCCUCCCGCGGCCGUGGGGUCGUGGUGAUAGACCCGGCCAAUAUCCAACCCGAAACGCUAGAAGAGUGGCAUUCGCUCGGAGUGCGUGGGUUACGAGUGAACCUCCAAUCUGUGGGGAAGGUUAUGAACAAGCUGGAACUGGAAACGACGUUACUCCAACACGCCGAGAUUGCCCGACCCCGGAACUGGAUCAUAGAGGUAUAUCUCCCGCUUAGAAUGGUCCCGAUGCUCGAAUCGAUCGUCCCAUGCUUAGGCGUCCGCGUUUGCAUCGACCACUUCGGAAGCCCUGACCUGUCUACUCUGGCAUGGAACCAUGACAGCACACCAUUCAAUCCAUUCGCCCUCCCCGGAUUUGCGUCAUUAAUCUCCCUCCUUCGCACCGGCAGCACGUAUGUCAAGGUGUCUGCACCUUACCGGCUCAGCAAAGACCACCAAAUGCGCGAUCUACGGGCCAUGGUGCGUGAGUUUCUGUCUGUUGCACCUAAACGAGUUAUUUACGCCACGGACUGGCCUCAUACACGCUUUUCCGGGGUCGACAUUAGCCCAUUCACCGAAUAUUGUCUGGAACUAUGUGCACACGACCCGGAGCUAGCAGAGCGGUUGUUCCGCAGGAAUACAGAAGAGAUGCUAGGAGUGGCUGCUGCAAGAUAG